UUUGUUUGUUUGUUUGUUUUUGAGACAGGGUUUCUUUGUGUAGCGCUGUCGGUCCCAGAACUACCUCUGUACACAAGUCUGGCCUAAAAGUCACAGAGAUCCACCUGCCUCUGCCUCCCAAGUGCUGGGAUUAAAGGCAUUCACCACCACUACUCAGUUCAACUAAGUUUUCUUAAAACAGAUGACAUUUACUAAGAAUAUUCUUGGGUGUGUAUGUUUUUGGUUGAAGUGUGGUAGCCUGCUUUUAAUUAUUUAUUUCCGGCUAUUGACUUGUAUGUAAAAUUGCUUUUCCUAAAAUGGGAGAUGUUAAAAUUACCACUCUAAGACUCUAAGAAUAGAAAAGUAGAUCCCUCAUUCAAAAAAAGUUCAAAACGUUCAGAAACGAUCUAUGUGGAAGGCUGCACAGACAAUGCCACUCUUGGGCAUGGUUCUCAUGGGUUUAACACAUUCAGAUUAGCGCCAGAGAUGCAUUCCCAUCCAUCUCAUUUUGCUCAUCCCUAGAAGACGACACGUGUUGCUGACUGCACUGAGGCCACCUCCCUCAAACUGCGUGGCUCUCAUGACCCAUCCUAAGUCUCCCGGUCCAGGCUAAUCAUUGACAGGGCUUUACAAUCACAGGCUUUUGCUGGAAAGCUGAUAAAGACAGUCCAGCAGUUAGUGGCAAAUGAAGGCAGGCGGUGCAGCGGGGUCUCCAGGGAAUGAAUGGAUUUUCUUCAGCUCUGAUGAAAGAAACACACGCUCUAGGAAAACAAUGUCCAACAGGGCACUGCAAAGAUCUGUCGUGCUGUCAGCGUUUGUUCUGCUGCGAGCUGUUACCGGAUUCUCUGGAGACGGGAGAGCGCUAUGGGAUAAAAAACAUUAUGUGAGUCCAGUCAAUGCAAGUCAGCUGUUUCUCUAUGACACUUUCCCUAAAAACUUUUUCUGGGGUGUCGGGACUGGAGCAUUUCAAGUGGAAGGGAGUCGGCAGACAGACGGGCGAGGACUCUCGAUCUGGGAUCGUUUCAUCCACACACACCUGAGAGAUGUCAACAUCACAGCCAAAUCCGCCGACAGUUACGUGUUUCUGGAAAAAGACUUGUCGGCUCUGGAAUUUUUAGGAGUUUCUUUUUAUCAGUUCUCAAUCUCCUGGCCACGGUUGUUCCCCAAUGGAACAGUAGCAGCCGUGAAUGCAAAAGGUCUCCAGUAUUACAAUGUGCUUCUGGACUCGCUGAUACUCAGGAAUAUGGAGCCCAUCGUUACCUUAUACCAUUGGGAUUUGCCUUUGACACUACAGGAGGAAUAUGGGGGCUGGAAAAACACAACUCUGAUAGAUCUCUUCAAUGAUUAUGCCACAUACUGCUUCCAGACCUUCGGGGACCGUGUCAAAUACUGGAUUACAAUUCACAACCCUUACCUCGUUGCUUGGCAUGGGUUUGGCACAGGUAUGCACGCGCCAGGAGAGAAGGGAAAUUUAACAGCUGUCUACACUGUGGGACACAACCUGAUCAAGGCUCAUGCGAAGGCAUGGCAUAACUACGACAAAAACUUCCGCCCCCAUCAGAAGGGCUGGCUGUCCAUUACCUUGGGGUCCCACUGGAUGGAACCAAACCGAACAGAGAACAUGGAGGAUGUACUCAACUGCCAGCACUCCAUGGCUUCCGUGCUGGGAUGGUUCGCCAACCCCAUCCACGGGGACGGCGACUACCCCGAGUACAUGAGGACGAUGGUCGGCAUGCCCGUGCUCUCUGAGGCAGAGAAGGAGGAGGUGAGGGGCACGGCUGACUUCUUUGCCUUUUCUUUCGGGCCUAACAAUUUCAGGCCCUCGAACAUGGUGAACGCAGUGAAAAUGGGACAAAACGUGUCACUCAACUUAAGACAGGUGCUGAACUGGAUUAAGCUAGAAUAUGACAACCCUCGGAUCUUGAUUUCGGAGAAUGGCUGGUUCACAGAUAGUUAUAUAAAGACGGAGGACACCACGGCCAUCUACAUGAUGAAGAAUUUCCUCAACCAGGUUCUUCAAGCCCUGAAGUUUGAUGACAUUCGAGUGUUUGGCUACACAGCCUGGUCCCUCCUGGAUGGCUUUGAAUGGCAGGAUGCCUACACUACUCGCCGAGGGCUGUUUUAUGUGGAUUUUAAUAGUGAGCAGAAAGAAAGGAGGCCCAAGUCUUCGGCGCACUACUACAGACAGAUCAUACGAGACAACGGUUUCCCUUUGAAAGAAUCCACGCCAGACAUGCGGGGGCAGUUUCCCUGUGACUUCUCCUGGGGAGUCACUGAGUCUGUUCUUAAGCCGGAGUUUAUGGUCUCCUCCCCCCAGUUUAUUGACCCUCACCUGUAUGUGUGGAAUGCCACCGGUAACAGACUGCUACACCGUGUGGAAGGAGUAAGGCUAAAAACAAGACCGUCCCAGUGCACAGAUUACGUGAGCAUCAAAAAGCGAGUGGAGAUGUUGGCCAAAAUGAAAGUCACCCACUACCAGUUUGCUCUGGACUGGGCCUCUGUCCUUCCCACUGGCAACCUGUCUGAAGUUAAUAGACAAGUGCUGAGGUACUAUAGGUGUGUGGUGAGCGAAAGCCUGAAGCUGGGUGUCUCCCCCAUGGUGACGUUGUACCACCCCACCCACUCCCAUCUAGGCCUUCCGGAGCCACUCCGGAGCAGUGGGGGUUGGCUAAACACAUACACUGCCCAGGCCUUCCAGGACUAUGCGGGGCUGUGCUUCCGGGAACUGGGAGACUUGGUGAAGCUCUGGAUCACCAUCAACGAGCCUAACAGGCUGAGUGACAUGUACAACCGCACGAGUAAUGACACCUACCGUGCAGCCCACAACCUGAUGAUCGCCCAUGCCCAGGUCUGGCGCCUCUACGACAGGCAGUAUAGGCUGGGACAGCGUGGGGCUGUGUCGCUGUCUCUACAUUCUGACUGGGCCGAACCUGCCAACCCCUAUGUGGACUCACACUGGAAGGCAGCCGAGCGCUUCCUCCAGUUUGAGAUCGCCUGGUUCGCAGAUCCGCUCUUCAAGACUGGGGACUACCCAUUGGCCAUGAAAGAGUACAUCGCCUCCAAGAACCAGCGAGGGCUGUCCAGCUCAGUCCUGCCGCGCUUCACCCCGGAGGAGAGCAGACUGGUGAAGGGUACCAUCGACUUCUACGCUCUGAACCACUUCACCACUAGGUUCGUGAUACACAAGCAGCUGAACAGUAGCCGCUCUGUUGCAGAUAGGGACGUCCAGUUCCUGCAGGACAUCACCCGCCUCAGCUCGCCCAGUCGCCUGGCUGUAACGCCCUGGGGAGCUCGCAAGCUGCUUGGGUGGAUCCGGAGGAACUACGGGGACAAGGAUAUCUACAUCACAGCCAAUGGCAUCGAUGACCUGGCUCUGGAGAAUGAUCGGAUCCGAAAGUACUACUUGGAGAAGUACGUCCAGGAGGCUCUGAAAGCCUACCUCAUUGACAAGGUCAAUAUCAAAGGCUAUUAUGCAUUCAAACUGACAGAAGAGAAAUCUAAGCCGAGAUUUGGAUUUUUCACAUCUGACUUCAAAGCUAAAUCCUCUGUAGAGUUUUACAGCAAGCUGAUCAGCAGCAGUGGCUUUCCCUCUGAGACCAGCAGGCCCUCAUGUGGCCAGCCAGCAGAAGACACCGAGUGCACCAUCUGCUCAUUUUUCACUCAGAAGAAACCACUGAUCUUCUUUGGUUGUUGCUUCAUCGCCACUCUGGCUCUACUACUGUCAAUCACCAUUUUUCAUCAUCGAAAGAGAAGAAAAUUUCGGAAAGCAAAGAACUUAGAAAAUAUACCACUGAAGAAAGGCCAGAAUAGAGUUCUUAGCUAAACUAUCAUUUCUGACAUGGUCUAAAGAUUCACUCCAGUUCCAAAUACUGGUAACUUACAAUGUGAGAGACAGCUGUAACCAAGGUGAUGACAAUCGAUGCCUUUGCAGUGUGGUCCAAAUCCUUCCCUUCGGUAUUGACAAUCAAUCAGUGAAUGGAGUUCUUAGAGCUGAAGACUUCAUCUUGACAGGAAUUCUGGGGAUGACCCCAAACAUGGCUAACAUGGUUUGAAGUUUGAAGCAUGUUUCGCAUCAUUUUUCUCUAGCUCUUCUGUAAAUAGCAAUCACUAUUCAUGGUAAAGAAAUUAAUUUUAAGUGAAGUUCUGUUGUUUUAGACUUC